AUGUGCAGUAUCGGUGAUCGCCGUUUUUAAAAUGUGCUCUGAUAAUUGGCUUGUCUUGUAUGAUGCUUGUGGUCCUGAUGCUGCUUUUGUUACUAGGCGACAAGGUUGACUCGCGAGCUAAACGAUAAACAGGAAAAUCCUAAGAGAAAUGGUUCAAAUAACGCAGUGUUUUAACACAUGAUAGGUUUAUUCUCUUUGAGCUAUCAAACCACCACUGACCAUUAAGACACCAGUCAUGGCUGCCGAGCUGCCCAACUACCGCCGGACAAAACCAGGUGUUAGGACAGCUAACCUUGCUAGUUCAAAUGGAGUGGUUGGACCCUCGUCACAGAUUCCCGGUUUAUCUGUGACCGCCGACACCACUCCUCAAGAAAGAACUAAAGGAAGGCGUGUAGGAAUUCAGGCCACUGACUCGGAUUAUGUUAAACUUGCAAAACAAGGAGGACAGAGGGGUUUGCUGAGGCACGAUGACCUUAUGGAAGCAAAACCUAAUAGCUCCUACAAACCCUCUAAUUGGUUCUCUGGCACACCUGAUGAACAAGACAGCAGCAGUGAAGCAACUACCCCUGAUGGAAACGGCAAAUCUAAAGGGGUCUUACAGCAACUGGACCCCCCUUUUGGAACUGAUAACUGUUCAGCCUGGGAUUCUGGUAAAAAAGUAAAUACUGAGAAUGCCAACCAUGCUGCAUCAGAGAUGCAGAAACUCUCCCUGAGCCAAAAAGAGAUCGUGGAAGCCAACAAGUUCAAAAAAAUUUCCCAUGAUAAGAAGGUGGCAGCUCCAGUGAAUAUGUCCAAACUUUUAAGUUUCGGUUAUGCUGAGGAAGAGAAUAAAUCUCUCAAUGAUGAUGAUGCUUCAAGCAUUACCUCUGAGCAGACCAGCACCCUUGCGCCAGAGGAUGAACUGGAAUAAAAAAAGAUGUCCCCUAAAACCCUCAUGAAUUGUUGUUCUCUCGUAUCCACUAGCUCCUUUGCAUCAACCACCCACUCUCUGCUUUAUGCAAAAAAAACACUUUUUAGUCAUCUGAUUGUUCUCAUUUUGCAUCUUUAUCUAAAUGACUUGUUUGUGUUAUGCUCACACAUCUAUGGUGCUUGUGAUCAGGAUAACUAUACCCCUAGAAGGAAGGAAUAUUUGUAAGUCCCUAAAUGAAAACUACAGGGUAUAUGCACCACAGAACACAUCUUAGAUGCAUUAAGCAUUGAUACCGAGGCGGAGCUGAUUUUUCAACAUUAUUUGAUUCAUUCUUCACUUGCACAUUAGCGAUCGUGGCACAAUAAUGUGCCGAAACCUUUAGAACACUAAAGAUAGCACACACGUAGACAGAUAGGACAUGCCUAUGCCACGUUAAAGAGCUGUUUCUCACACCUCUCACCGUUAAUGGACAUGACUGCAAACUCUUACUACACGACUCUCCAUGGCUGUUUCAUACAUCAUGUUUCUGGUUUGAACACUUCCGAGUGUUCUUACGGCCCAGUAGUUAGCUAGACGGAGCGCAUGAUGAGCACACAAGAAGGUUAGCUUGCAACGAAUGAUAAUAUGAAGUGAGGAGAUGCCGUUGGUAGGGAUUUGAGAACAGGAAGGGGGUUCAGGGAGUUCGCGAUUGUGAAUGUCUGUUGUUGUUAGUAAUGAUGUGAUAGUAAAUAAUACUCAGAAAUUCAGUUGUUUUGGUGUUCUACGCUGUAUAAUUUAAUGUUUAUUCCUUCUGAAAACAAUGUUUACACUUGCUGUCAGUUCAUAUCUAUAAAUGAUGACUGAAUAAAUUUGCAUGUGCAUAAAAUAUAAAAA